AUGGCUGAUGGCUUCUUCACCACUCUCCCUGUCAUCAUGAGCAAGAUCAACUUCGUCCUCGGCAUCGGCCUGCUCGUAGCAGGUCUAGUAGCAGCUUCAUGUCGAAUUCCAGACUAUUGCCAGUCAGCAAUCGGACAUGCCCCAUCUCCUCACUUGCCGCUUGAACGCUACUCGGGCUACAAGUAUGACUAUGCUGGAGCGAGCAGGGCGGGAAACGACCCAUACAGCUCGAGAGGCUGGCACAGCAAAGCCCAUGAGGAGCAGCAGUCAGGAAUGAAGUCGAGGAGCAAGACGACCGAGGAGGACAUCAAUCUCCAUCUUUACGUGAGGUCGACCAGCAUGUGCAAGUCUGUUCAAAACCACGCGGCAGCCUUGCUUCGAGCCAUGAUUGUGAUGGGCACCGUCCCUGCCCUCUUCCCCCUCCUGUCCGGAAGCUUGGGCUGGCUUGCUGCCAAGUACAAAGGCUACAUCGAGAUAGCAGGGAGCUUCCAUCUGACCAUCCUCAUCUCGGGGAUAGUCACGUCUUUGACUGGCGUGCUGAUGCUAGCUUUCCAAUCCUGGUCCGCUUUACUAUACUGCGACAAGUACGGAUCCUCCAGCAGCAGCUUCUGCAGAAUCUUCUCCGGCAGCAUGUGGGCCAUCGUCUCAUUCAACGUCAUCCUCGUGGUGUAUCAGCUGGCCUUCUCCAUCCUCAUGUGCUCCAUCUGCUGCCAGGGCGACCAGUCUGCUGGAAGCAGCACUAUCGCAGCCGACGGGGCGCAGGGAGGCAUGCCGGUAGCUCGGGUCGCCGAGAGGCAGGGAUGGGAGGGAGGAGGAGGGGGCCAGGAGAUGCGUUGGGCGACAGGCACAGGGGCGUACGAGGCAGGAGGAGGGGUUGACGGUAUGCUGCAGUGGGCAGCAAUGCCGGGUGUGCAAAUAGAGUGA